GCAGACGCACCGAGGUAGAAUCGCCCCGAUUUCACUUCAGUCGAAGUAAUGUCGCGCAUACGCUGGAUGGGGACAAAAAUAGCAGUCAGUGACAUUCUUUCGGAGCCAGAGGACACCAACCUCUCGGGAUCGCAUAUGCAAAUGCGGUGUGACAGAAGACGCUAGUGAAAGAUGAUUCCGUUGUGGUUCUUCUGUUGCUGGAUAGUCCUCGUCCACGGAGUUGAUGAACCACUGGAAACAGACCUCUCAUACAAAGUGGGCGUUCUGAUGGUGGACAAGUCCAUGCGGAAUAGGUUCGACAUCCAAAGGAUAGGUCCAGCCAUUGACAUAGCUGCUGAGAAAUGCCGAACGCAAUACAAUAUCAGUCUAAAUCUCUUACAAGGUUACUAUCCAAAAGAAUGUUCAGAAGAAAUGGCUUUGGGAAAAGCAACAGAUUUGGCCCUGUACCGCAAAAUAAAUGCUUUCUUGGGUCCUGCUUGUAGUGAUGACCUACAGGUGGUUGGGAGGUUUGCUGCGUACUAUAACAUACCAAUACUGACUGGUCUUGGUGAUGCUCUGAGGAAGCGAGAAGAGUUCAGAACUCUGAUACGAAUGUCCUAUGAUUUGAAAGACAAAGCUCAUGCCAUCUUAGCCUUCCUCGAGCAUUUCGAAUGGAAACAUUUUGGAAUGAUUUACCGUCAGAAUGAUGUUUAUUACAGCGCUAUGGCAGAACUGUUGUCUGACUUAGCGAGUCACAGACAUUUUGAGGUCACCUGCCAGGAGACUUACAUUCGUUCAGUCAAUAAAACAAUUCUCUCAGAUAUUUUUAAAACAAUGAAAAUCAUGAAGGAAUGUUCAAGAGUUAUUGUCAUACUUGGAGGAGAUAAAGACGUACGAGAAAUGAUGCUGAUUGCAAAACAUCUGAAGAUGACAUCCUCCGGUGAAUAUGCCUUUCUUUAUACUGAAUUAUUCCAGAACGAAGCUAAAGGAAACCAAUCAUGGGCCAGAGGAACAGAAGAUAUAAAUACCAAGAUGGAGCUGAAAGAAGCAUACGAAUCCCUUCUUAUCGUGAGUCUGAAUCAGCCCUACUCGAAAGAAUACGUUCUAUUUUCUGAAAAAGUAAAAGAGCUUGCAAAAACGAAUUAUAACUUUACAUACCUGGAAGAAGUGGUGAAUUAUUUCACAGCAAGUUUUCACGAUGCUGUUCUGAUGCUUUGUGGAGCUAUUAAUGAAACGAUAAGUCUGCUUGAAAAUCCCCAAAACGGAACAGUCAUCCUAUCAAGGCUGAAGAAUAAAACAUUCAGCGGUAUAUCAGGUGUUGUAACCAUCAAUUCUGAAGGAGACCGAGUAGCCGAUUAUGCACUUUUAGAUCAAGUGAAUACGACCACCGGGAAAUUCGAGGUAGUUUUGACAUACUUUGGAGCUACGAAAAAGUAUGUAGAAGUGGAGAAGAUUCACUGGCCUCAAGGGAAAAUACCUGAAGAUAAACCGAAAUGUGGCUUUGAUGGAAAUGACCCUUCUUGUGUCAAGAAAGGUUUAAGGAUUCUAGAGAUGUCUUUGGUCAUUACAUUAUUUCUCUUGGUUAUAAUAAUCAUUCUUGGAAUACUUACUUACAGAAAAAUACAACUGGAAUCUAAGUUAGCAAAUAUGUCUUGGAGAGUAAGAUGGGAAGAGAUCACUUUCACGAAAGACAUGCGCAGUAGCUGCAUGAUGAAUCGUUUGUCCAUUAGCAGUGCUAUGUCUGCUAAAAUGGAACAUGGUUGGGUUUGCUGGACACCAACAUUUCCAGAUAACCCUUACUCGGAGCUGUUGUCACCAGAAACGGAAAAUGUUUACCGAUUUGUCCUCACGGGAACUUACAAGGGAAACACAGUUGCUGUCAAGAGAGUUUACAAACAAAAGAAAAUAGAGCUUACUCGAGCAGUCCUUUUUGAACUCAAGAAGAUUCGUGAAGCACAGCACGAGAAUAUUGCUAAUUUUAUUGGAGCUUGUAUUGAUGCACCGAAUGUUGCCAUAUUGACGGAAUAUUGCCCCAAGGGCAGCCUUCAGGAUGUUUUGAAAAACGACUCACUCGACUUAGACUGGAUGUUUCGGUAUUCCUUGAUUAACGAUAUAGUUAAGGGGCUGAAUUAUAUACACAGCGGAGAGAUGGGAACACAUGGGAGACUCAGGUCAUCCAACUGCUUGGUCGACAGCCAUUUUGUUGUAAAGCUGACUGACUUCGGGUUGCCAUCAUUCCGUGAUAUCGAGUCACUGGAUUGUGCUGAAGAUAAAGACCUGAAAAAAUUCCUUUGGAAAGCGCCAGAACUUCUCAGAUUGCCAGUAUGUCCACCGGAGGGAACACCUAAGGGUGAUGUCUACAGUUUCGGAAUUAUUCUCCAGGAAAUUAUUCUUCGAGAAGAACCGUUCUAUCCCUUCCGAGGAUCUUUGAGUGUGGCUGAAAUCUUGACUCGCAUACGUAUCAGAGAAUGCCCUCCAUUUCGUCCAGUCGUACCUAAAGACACUUGUGCAACAGGAGUGAUGUCUCUUAUGCAAAGCUGCUGGGCUGAGGAUCCAGAGGACAGGCCAGAUCUCGGACAGAUUAAAGCAGAAAUGAGGAUACUUAACAGGGGACAGAAUGGAGAAGUUAACAUUAUGGACAAUCUGCUAUCGAGAAUGGAGCAGUACGCUAAUAAUUUGGAAUCUCUGGUGGAACAACGCACUGCUGCUUUUAUGGAAGAAAAGAAAAAAUCCGAGGAGCUCCUUUACCAAGUCUUGCCCAAAUCAGUAGCAGAGCAGUUAAAAAGAGGGAAAUCGGUUGAACCGGAGUUCUUUGAUAAUGUCACGGUUUUCUUCAGUGACGUAGUUGGGUUUACAAAUAUGUGCUCACUUAGUACACCUAUCCAGGUCGUAGACUUUUUGAAUGAUUUAUAUACAUGCUUCGAUGCAAUCAUCAACGACUUCGAUGUCUACAAGGUAGAAACUAUUGGAGAUGCUUAUAUGGUGGUCUCUGGCCUACCGGACCGUAAUGGCAUGUUGCAUGCGAAAGAAAUAGCUCGGAUGUCACUAGCAUUACUCAAAGCUGUAACUUCUUUCAAAAUUCGUCACAGACCUGAAGACACCGUCAAAUUACGAAUAGGAAUUCAUUCAGGACCAUGUUGUGCGGGAGUUGUUGGACAAAAAAUGCCCCGUUAUUGUCUAUUUGGAGACACUAUCAACACAGCAUCUAGGAUGGAAUCCACAGGAGAACCAUUGAAGAUACAUGUUAGUCCAAGUACAAAAAUAGCACUGGAUUACUUUGGGAAUUUUAUUCUUAUUCCACGGGAAGAAAUCGAGGUCAAAGGCAAAGGUAAAAUGCAGACCUAUUGGUUGCUAUCUGAGAGCGGGUCUACGAAAGUACCUGCUUCGCCAGUGGUGCAAACAAGAGACAAGAAAGAUGGAAAAAAGCGAAGAUGAUUAAAACUCCCGUGGUCUAGAAGAAGAGUAUGAAACCAAGUUUACGACACAGAACCUGCAGUUGAUCGAGAAAUAAUGAAAUUAGAUGACGAUGAAAUAAACUGUCAUUUGAGUCGUUGUUUUUAAUUUGGAGUAAAUAUAUUACGUAAUAAUGAGUGGAAAAAAAAAGAAGUUCAAUGUACAAGAAUCUUAUAGUUUCAUUUAGAAAGGAAACUGAAAAACAUCUGUUGAUUGUGACGUAAAGGCAAAGGAAAGAACACGUACUUCAAUAUGGUUACUAUAUGAGAAAAAAUUAAAAGUUACUAUGUGAUAACUAAUUAAAAAUAUUUAGAGGUGUAUUUUUAAAAUACAUGGAAUUAAUGGAUAUUGCUAAAAGAAGCUGAAUUUAUCUGAACUAUUAUGCUUCUUGUAUUUCGAAGAAGAGAAAGUGAUUUGUAUAUACUCGGUUGGUCAGCGAAAAUGUUUUGAAAAAUGCAAUUUUUAGUGUUUCUUGUUUGUGUUAAGUAAAUUUCAGAUUCUGA